AUGUCGGACGAGGGGGAGGACGCGCCCGUGGCGGCCGUGGCGGCGGGCUUCGGGCUGCCGGAGGAGCUGGCGGCCGUGCUGCCGGCGGACCCGUUCGAGCAGCUGGACGUGGCGCGCAAGAUCACCUCCAUCGCGCUCGCGUCCCGCGUCGGCCGCCUCGAGGCGGAGGCCGCGGGGCUCCGCGCGCAGCUCGCCCGGCGCGACGACGCCGCCGAGGACCUCCGCGAGCGCGUCGAGCAGCUCGAAUCCGCGCUCGCGCUCGCCACCGACCGCCUCAGCCGCGCCGAGGACGACAAGGAGACGCUGCUGAAAGAGAAGGCGACGCUGUCAAACACCGUCAACAAGCUCAACAGAGAUGUCGCCAAGUUGGAAGUUUUCAAGAAGACGCUUAUGCAGUCACUUCAGGAAGAUGAUGACAAACCAAACAUUCCCAAGGCUAAGCUCACCGAAACAUCGAAUUUCUCCCCCGCGCCAUCUGUCGGAGAUGACGAUUCAGCAUUUACAACUUCUAAAUCAUCACAGUUGUUUGAAACUGCAAGUUCUGCUUCAGAGGAAAGUAGCCAUGCUGAGCCAGAUGAACCUAGGCCACCCCGCUCGCAUGUAUAUAUGCCAUCGUACAACAGUACACCAAAGCUUACUCCUCCAGGCUCACCUCCAAGGGGUUAUGCACCACUUUCACCACCAAGGAGACAUUCAAUCUCGAUUGCGUCAAUGAACAGGCUCGAUGACAGGUCUUCGGUCUUUUCCAGUAGCCAUAGCGCAAUGACAUCUCCAUUUGACACACCAAGUCCAACAGGACGAACACGAGUUGAUGGGAAAGAGUUCUUUCGCCAAGUCAGAAACCGCUUGUCUUAUGAGCAGUUCAGCGCAUUCCUAGCCAAUGUGAAGGAACUGAAUGCACACAAGCAGACCAGAGAGGAUACACUAAGAAAAGCUGAUGCGAUAUUUGGACCUGAAAACAGUGACUUGUACACCAUCUUUGAGAGUCUAAUUACUCGCACUCAUCAUUAG